GCUUUCCUGAAUCAUGUGACGGGGUACUUAUAAGUCCCGUCACAUAUUGUCAGUUAUAAAAAUAAAAAAACAUAUUUGGUACUGUCUUUGGUCGAGUUGUGGUGACACACGUGUUGCGGCCAAAGUUUCAGCUUCUGCAAGUAGCUAGCUGCGCCGAAAUGGCAGGAGGUGUGAGGAAAAAGUCGUCCCCUGGUCCACGGUCUAGAGUGUGGGCGCCACUUCGUACACUAUGGCAGGAGAAACAUUUGAUCGUAUUCAAGGCAGAGUACACAAUACUAGUCGCCUCUGUUCUGUGGUUCCUGGAGAUCGGAAUAAACAUAUGGGUCAUCCAAAAAGUAGCAUACACAGAGAUUGACUGGAAGGCGUAUAUGGAUGAGGUAGAGGGAGUCAUCAACGGCACCUACGACUACACCCAGCUCAAAGGAGGCACAGGCCCUCUAGUAUACCCAGCAGGAUUUGUGUACACCUUCACAGCGCUGUAUUACAUCACCAACCACGGGGUGAAUAUUCGCCUGGCCCAGUACCUGUUUGCUGUUUUCUACCUGCUCACCCUGCUGCUCGUCUUCAGGAUCUACCACCGCACCAAGAAGGUUCCUCCCUACGUAUUCUUCUUUGUGUGCUGUGCCUCCUACCGGAUCCACUCCAUCUUCGUCCUGCGUCUUUUCAACGACCCUGUAGCCAUGAUGAUGUUGUUCGGGGCUGUCAAUCUGUUCCUGGACGGCCGCUGGACUCUGGGCUGUGGCCUCUACAGUUUAGCAGUGUCUGUGAAGAUGAACGUGCUCCUGUUUGCCCCGGGCCUCCUCUUCCUCCUGCUGUCUGAGUUUGGCCUGAUGAGGGCCAUACCCAAGCUCUCUCUCUGUGCUGCCAUCCAGAUGUUGUUGGGCCUACCCUUCCUGAUGGAGAAUCCCAUUGGCUAUAUGACCCGGGCCUUUGACUUGGGUCGUCAGUUUAUGUUCAAGUGGACAGUGAACUGGCGCUUCCUGCCUGAGUGGCUUUUCCUAAGUCGCUACUUCCAUCUGGUGCUCCUGGCUGCCCACCUGCUAGCCCUGCUACUGUUUGCCCUGCGCCGCUGGAAGAGGCCUGGAGAGAGCAUCAUGGAACUGCUGAAGGAGCCAGGCAAGCGAGUGAUCCCUGCCCAGAAACUCACCUCAGAUCAGAUGGUGCUGAUCCUCUUCACGUCUAACUUCAUCGGCAUGUGCUUCAGCCGCUCGCUGCACUACCAGUUCUACGUCUGGUACUUCCACACCCUGCCUUUCCUUCUCUGGAGCGGAGAAGUCAAGAAGCUGGCUCACCUACUCAGGGUUUUGAUCCUCGGCCUGGUGGAGCUGUCGUGGAACACCUACCCUUCUACUACACACAGUUCAGCAGCCCUCCAUGUCUGUCAUCUCAUCAUGCUGCUCUCCCUGUGGUUCGCCCCCAGGGUAGAGGAGAAGACCAAGAGCAAGUGAGCUUUUCCCCUAGGAGACCCUCCCGUCGUGGGGGUCUGGUCGACCAUCUCCACCCUGCUCUCACCCCAGGCUGGUUAUCACCCUUCACCCUGUCUUGCCCAUCUCGCUGUAGCUCUGUGCUAAUGUAUAGCGUAACGUACAGGUGGGAGAAGGUACAGCGUGAGACUGCAUGUGGAAGGCACAUGCAGGUUCGUGGGGUGGGAGGAGGACUGAAAACAAUUAGGAUUCUCAGGUUAAAGAAUUAAAUCUAAUUUAGGUCUAGGUCUAAUCUAGUGUGGGAGUCUCGUGAGGAGAAAUGCUGAAUGCUUUGCUGUGUUGUCGAUAAGACAUCUUAAGUAAGGGUCUCUUACUACCAGUAUGUAUUUUUUAUGGAGAAACUGCCAUUAGCCCAUGAUUUGUCCUGUUAAGUAUUGUCACUGGUCUUGGUGAUAGUAGAGAAUAGUCAAACUGUUAGUACAGUAGUUCCUCAUCCUGGCAAUCAGCUGGUCUGAACUUCUGUUACUGGACUAUUUGUUGAUGUAAAUAUCCUGGUUCGCUGUAGCUCAGUUGGUAGAGCAUGGCGCUUGUAAUGCCAGGAUAGUGGGUUCGAUUCCAGUUCGAUUCGAUUUUUUAAAAUUUUUAUGUAUGCAUGACUCAGUUCUUUUGGAUGAAAGCAUCUGCUAAAUGGCAUAUCAUAUUAAAGAUGGUUUCCAUGUUUUUUUUAAAUGAGGCUUUAAAUUGAACCAUCCUCUGCAAUAAGCUUUUGGUACCACCCAUUGGGCACAAUAGGAAUGACGUAGCCUAGCUACCACAAGGCUUACUAUAGGCUAAUACAUAAUAAAUGGCAUUUCAUAUAACAAUAUGACCAUGCAAAACUAAGCUGUUGACAAUCAAGGGUAUCUAUCGAUUUGUUAAAAUGUUCUAGUAGUUUGGUUUUCAGUGUGGUGUGCAGUAGACUAAAUAGAAGGCCAGUUUCCCGCACCUAGAUUACGCCUACCCCUUGUCGAAACACGCACUGAAGUUAUUUUAGUCUAAGAAUAGAGGUAGUUCAGCGAGCUAAUGUUGAUAUUUUGUUGAACUGUCCCUUUUAAUAUGAAUACCGAACUGUACCUUUUAAGUUUGAGCUCUUUUAAUGUGCUGCCAUAGAUUAUGUUUAGCGUAGUUUAAUGCUCAUAUUUGUUUGCUGAUAUACAGUUGAAGUCAGAAGUUUACAUACACUUAGGUUGGAGUCAUUAAAACUCGUUUUUCAACCACUCCACACAUUUCUUGUUAACAAACUUGGU